ACAUCUUUAACCACUUUACCAAAAAGAGCACUCGCCAAAUUAUUUUGUGCUUUAAAAGGGGCGUCUCCUUACCGGUGAAGCUGCUAAAGUCAUGAUCAAUAAGAGUUGCUUGAAGGUUGUGAAUGGCUUUGGAAGAGACUGAUAUUUCCAAGUCUGAUUGGAAAUUCCCCCAUCCAAAUAGAGACUUAAAAGCAAAUCUGCCGCUCUAGAAAGAGGGAAAACAUCAUCUUUUUUGGCGCCAAAUUUUCUCACACUCCCCCACAUUUGGUUAGGGUUCAAGGGUUUCAAAUUAAACAAUUGAUAAUUAGGAUUUCUCUUGAAAUUGAAAUGAAAACCCCUUAGAAAACUUUUAACAUGGCUACUUUUAUUGAUCCAAUCAUCACAGACAACAACAACAAUGGCGAAGCUGAAGCUGAAGAAGAAGAUGCAUUUCUUGGAUUCAUUGAUUACGCCAUUUCAAUUUUAACAUCUGAUGAAAAGAAUGACUCAGAUAGGGAUGUAGAAAGUAGUAACAAUUACACAGGUCCAUCUUGGAAUUGGAUUGUGUCUCGGAUCUUAAAAACUUGUUCUGCUUAUUCAAGUGGUGUUACUUCUGCUAUUCUCUUAUCUGAUCUUUCUCAGGCAUGGAAUGAACAAUCUCAAUUUGGGUUUUCGAAAAGGAAGCCAGAAUUGAUUACUCAAUUGCAAAAGAAACAUAGAAGAACACGGCUUCCUAAUGCUGUUACGAUUGACUCGAUAUAUGAGAAGAAUUUUUUGUCUACGAGUAGUAUUCUUGAAGCUGUUGUUCUCGAUGUGUUUGUGCUUCCAGGUACGAAUAUCUAUAUGAUCAGUUUGGGAGAUUUUUGGAGUUCUAAUACUAUUGAUCUGUAUCUACACCGUAGAUACUAUGACUUGGUUGAUCCUGAGUCACCUGAUAAUGGGAUUCUUAAAAAGGGAAGGGAAAUCUUCCUAACAGGAUGUUGUCUCCGGACUGCUGCUGAAGGCUCUGGUUGUAGACGACUUUUGCCAACAGAAUACCUUGUGAUACUGUUAGAUGAGAAUCUAGAUGAGGAUGCAAUGCUUCUAGGAGCUCAGUUUUGUUCGGAUACUUUCUCCUCCAUCUCACAUGAUGCAGUUAAUAAUAGUGGGGCUGCAUAUUCUUUUUAUGCAAGGAUUGAAUCGAUUGGCUUAAUGGGAACUCGUGGAAGGUUUAGUGGUGUACAGCCAAAGCAAAUAACUCUUGUUGAUAAUGAAGGUGUCAACAUAAAGUUUAUCUUGUGGGGAGAGCAGCUUCUCCUUGUCAAUCUUUUCAGUGUUGGAGGCAUGCUUGCACUGGAUAGACCUUGGGUUGCAAGUGCUGUAGAGAGCAAUAUCGAAAUUUCUGAGGAGCUCUUCCUAGAAUACGGUACUGCUACACAACUAUAUUUGGUUCCCUUCAUUCCACGUGAGGAACAGAUAUGCAUCGCGUCCACUCAAAACCGAAGUCAAGGAUCAAGGGCACUGAAUGCAACAAGUCAUACCCAGGGACCUAAGGUUUCUCAAGUGAUGUUACCCUGCAACUCUGAGGGCACUAUUGACUUUAGUAACUAUCCUUUUCGAACAUUUGUGAUUGAUCUACAUGACAAGAUGACUAGCGUCAGCCUUUAUGGAAUUGUUACAAAUAUGUUUCGAGAAAUUAAAACUGGGGAAACUGUUUUUGUCUUGCAAAUUGAAGAUAAAACAGGAGCAAUAACAGCCAAGCUGCAUUUUGUCACAUCUUGGUCACUUGGAAGAUUGAACCUUGGGCACACAAUCUACAUAUCUGGAUUGACAUGCUAUAUGACACCACAAAAACUGAUUGAAGUUUCAUGGUUUGAGAAGGACGUUGGAGCUUCUUUAGUUAACCUAAGUUGCUCGCCUUCAUUGCUGAACUCAUCUUGUCUUCACAAGUUGUCUUGCCUUUCUGAUCUCUCCGGUCUGACUAAUAUCACACGUAUAUGCAUUGUUCGACUUGCUCAAGUUGAACAUUUUCAUGUGAACUCAAGAUUUUCACAUUCCCUUUGUGGCCAUUUUGCGAAUGAAAUGCCGGAUGGAUACCUGCAAUGCAAUUUCUGUCAUUUUGCUUGUGAUGAUGAAGUUUUUCAUACUUUCCAUUUGAAAAUACCGCUUGUUGAUGAUAGCACAAAGAUUUUGGCAUGGUGUACUGGCCCAGCUGCUGCAGAAUUGCUGCAAAUUUCUCCCGAUGAAUUUUAUGAGCUGUCCGAGGAUGAACAAGCUAUGUAUCUAUACACACUAGUGAAUGAAAAAUUCAUUGUCACAAUUGUGAACUGCAGCAGACAAGAAGAAAAUUACGGAGAUAUAGAUAAUUUGAGUCGCGAAAAUGAGUCAGUUAUUUGGGAAAUUGCUCAUGCUUUGAAAUGCGAGUAAACUACUAAGAAUUCAAUUCUCAAGCCUUGCAAGACUGUCUCCUCGCAGAACCUGAAUUCCCUCUGAUAAGCAGAAAAUGACCAUAUGCUUCUUUGAAGGCCAAAAAAGUAAAAGGCUUUGUUCUUUUUCUUUCCCUUUUUUAUUAAUAUAUACAGUGGAUAAUAUUUUAUAUUAUAGCACUCGAAGAUCAAUGCAUCAUAUAUUCAUAUU